ACAAAAAACAAAAAACAAGGGCCCCUAGAAUUGCAGUCCUCUCACUUGCUACUGAAUGUAGCUGAUUAGAGUGACUUGAUCACACAAAACCCACAUCAGCUUUUAAUUUACAACAUGCACUGUCCCCUGUGGUUAAGCUAAAACAACAACAAAAAAAGACAAGUGUCACAUUUUUUCAUUGGCACCUAAUGAGCUUUUUAAUUGAACUCGCUCACUUGUUGCUCGUCCCUUUGGAGCAGAGGGGGCCCUUUGAGGUGGCCUUUAUUAAUGCAGCUUCUGUAAUAAGUGAAGCAGGCUUAUGAGGGGUCUUUGUGAGUGUGCUUGAGUCACUUCAUGUGUUGCUUUUGUGAGCAGCAUCCUCCUGGUUGCAGCAGCAGCAGCAGCAGCCCUCCCCCUCUGCAGCCUCUCCAGCAGAAUGCCCGACGUUCAAACGGAAGCAGGCGCUACCAUUUUGAAAUACAGCACCGCUUAGCGCCAUGGACAAAAGCCACACAGUAAAGCUCUUUGUGGGCAACCUGGCCUUGGACACCACCCAAGAGGAGCUGUCAGCCAUCUUUGAACCUUAUGGCCAGGUGGUCAGCUGCAGUGUUCUGCGACAGUUUGCCUUCGUGCAUCUGCAGGGCGAGGGUGCUGCAGAGCGUGCCAUCCGGGAGCUCAAUGGGCGAGAGUUUCGCGGUCGCAAUUUGGUGGUCGAGGAAUCGAGGGGAAGGCCAUUGCACUCCACCAAGGUGUUUGUGGGUAAUCUAAGUGGGAUGUGCACCACUGAAGACCUGCAGCAGCUUUUUCAGACAUUUGGGAAAGUACUCGAGUGUGACAAAGUCAAAGCCAGGCAUUCCUCUUCUGCAGGCUACGCCUUCGUUCACAUGGAAAACAAGGAAGAUGCGCUUCAGGCCAUCGAGGCCCUGCAUGGCACCUCCUUCAAGGGCCGCCCACUGUCUGUAGAGCUGUCGAAGGUCCAGCCCAGCAAACAGGUACCUACUGGGAAAAUCCCAUGUGUGAACUGUGGGAAGCAGGGCCACUAUGCUGGAGAAUGCCCUGUGGGGAAGCCUUCUCUGGAGCAGUACCAGAGUCAGGCGGCAGUCCUGGCUGCUGCUGCCGCCGCAGCCGCCGGCCUUCCUCUACAAGUCCAGCAAAGUGUGCACAAUUCAGUCUACAACACCUCCACCUUUGAUCCCACGUACGCAGCUCUCACAGGGAUCACCACUGGCACACGCACUGAUGGGAACCCGGUGAAUCCAGCUGUUUAUGGUGCCCUUGCCAGCCAGGUUUAUGGUGCCAAUGUUGCCAAUCAGCUUUACGGAACGGUGGCCAAUCAGGCAGCUCUCACAUCAGGCGCCGCACAGGUAUACAGCUCGAUGACGCCCAAUAUCUAUGGCCAGGUGGCUGCAUCUCCUGCUGCCGCAGCUGCUGCCGCUGCUGCCGCUGCUGCUUACACGACUCCAGUUUACACCCCAGCGGUGGCCAACCCUCCUGUCUACCUGGCUGCUGCUCCUGGAAUAGAAAUGCCAACAGCAGCGGCUGCAGUCAAUCCUGCCUACUCUGUAGCUCCAGCAAUUUAUGGUGCUGCCACACCAGCCUACGCUCAUAUAAGCGCCAUGGGAGCAGCGGACCCUACUACGGCCCUCUUUGAGGCUGCCAGACAGGCACAUUAUUUUGCCCAGGGCCAGCAGGUUGUGGCUGAGCAGCAGUCAGUGGCUGCUGCUGCUGCAGCAGCAGCGGCGGCAAAGUCUGGUGAGAGGGACCGUAGUCCCCUACGGAGGUCAGCCCCUCUGUUACCAGACCCUGUGAUGAAGCCGUUUAUGUACCAGAGGGCCAAACCACGCAGACCGCUGCUCCCCACACCAGCUGGCAGAGCAGCUGAAGAGGCGGUGGAGGCUGCAGAGGACCCCAUGGCCAGGUACUACGCUGAGUACUACCAGCAGCUGCAGCAGUACCCCCAGUUCCAGUACGCCUAUCCACCACCAAGCACAGUGACAGCCAUCCCUGGCAUGCCGGGAGUGUCGGCUGUGCCAGCAGUUCCAGCGGUAACUGCGAUGUCAGCCCAGCCGGUCGCUACGUUGGACGCCCUCAGGCCAGUGGUCCCCACCGCUGCGGCAGUGGCAGCCGCCAUGGCUGCGCCCAGGGUGUAUGAGCCGCCGUUGCCGCCGCCCACGCGCAAGGAGGCCAUCCUCCGCCGCCCCGAACUCUCCCUUCACACGCCUGAGCCCCCCUUCCGAUAGUCGCACACAACUCUCUGCCCCCUCCUCCCUCUUUGCCCUGAACCCUCUCCCCCAUUCUCUCCCACCCCAAACUUGACCACCUUACAGCAGCUGUAUGUAUGUAUGUGUGUAUGUGUGUAUGUAUGUGUGGGGGUUGGGGUUUUAAAGUGGGGGCUCCUGGGUUUAUUAGCCUGCUUUACAAGGGACUUGAUCGGCUAACCUUGGUCCAGUUUGCGUACACACAGUGCAGCCAUGAAAAGAAGGCUCUUAUCUGUUGUAUGGGCAUUCUUUAUGCUUCUCAGUUUUACUUUUUUAUUGUGCCAGUCUCACACUUGUGCCAGUAUUAGACUGACCAGGUCAGUUGUUUCAUAUGCCUUUAUUUCUGCAACCCAGUUAUGAUUUUCUAAGGCCAAAACUACGAUAAACCACAUCAGCCAUUCUCUGUAGGCCUAGAUGAUCAGUUAGGGCAGCUAAUUUGAAACCUUUUUUGCCUUAUGUUGAAGAGUUUGUAUUGUAAUCAGAUGGGAGGUCAGAUUAACACAUAUUGUGUACUGGCUGCAUUGCAUAGUGUCCAACAGAACCAAGGUUGAUGUGUGUUGGGGGAUGUUUGUCUUGAGUGUGAUGUGGAUGUAGUAUGUGUGAGAUGUGCGGGCUCUUGACCUUGCAGCGCACAAACGCAGCAGCUAAGACUGCGCCUUGCUGAAAAAAAACGUAAAGCACACAUAUACGUACUGUAAUGUAUGUUUGGAUCUCUCCUUGACCCUUUUUUUCUGAAUCCCUUCCCCACCUUUACUCUAACCACAACACUGAAAGACACUGCUUCACCUCUCUUUCUCUUUCUAACUACAGCUGCCUACCUCUUCAGUGUAGAUUCUGUUCUGUUCUAUUCUAUUCUAUUCCACACUUUCCACCGAGUCAGCAGUUCCUGCUCCUUGUAAAGAUACAGGGUCAGCAGUUUAGAGAGGGAGGAGCCAGAUUUCAAUGACUUUUGUAGAUAGUCUGUAUUAAGUCCUCCUUCAUGUUCAGAGGCCUUUUUUAAAAUAGUUUGUGUUUUGUUUGUUUUAUCGUAGUUUACAUAUGAUGUAAAGUCAGCCUGGGAUGUAACGAAUUGUAAAUGGAGAAAACCCAUGUGUGACUACUGAAUGAGCUGUUUACAAAGGAUCUUUAAACUGCAUCCUAUUGGAAAACAUAAUGAUAUGUGACAAGCUCAAUUAUGUGCCUAUAAGCCUUGAGUGAAGUGCAUUAAGUGGAGGGAUCUCCCAUUUUAAGUGCUUUUGUCAUUACUUUUUAAUCAUUUCAAUGGAGGUAACAGGAGCCCUCCAGAGCUUAGUAUCCAGAAGGCUAUGAGCAGCGAAGCUUUCUCUUAGACUUGCGCUCCUGUAGUAGAUUAGUUUCAUAUCAUAUGGUUUUCAAAAAAGCCACAAUCUGAGCCUCACAGGUUCGCAUUUAGCCGCUGGUUUUAAAGCAGAAAUGACAGUGAGAGCACCAAUGAAGUGAGAGAUGGGGCAGUGUCUUCUAGUUGCCCCAAAUGUCAUCCUUUUAUCUAAAUACCAGACCUGCUUUAGAUUGUAAUUGCAAAAACACUUUUGUGUCACUUUUUAAUUUAGUUGUUGGAUUUUAUAGGUGGGGUUUGCAACGUCCAGAUAGUUGGGAUAGAGCUUAAAAAAAUACUGGACAUGUACUUUCCACAUGCAUGACCUUGUCCUGAGUCGCAAACUCCACACAUACAGUUCUGCAAUUACUGAAAACAAUCACUAAAGCGUUUUUUUUUUUUUGCAACUACUAUUUGACAGCGGUCUGAUGCACACACAGACAGACCCUCUGAAAUCACCUUACUGCCUCGUUGUUUCCCCUCCUUCCCUUCCCUCCCCUCCUGUGGUUUUUAGUGGUUAAGUGACUUUUGCAUCUCACAGUGUAAUCUUUCUGUGUCGUAUAUACAAACACAUACCAGUUGCAUCCUUUGUAGAAAUAUGUGGUUUGCGAAAUGUCUUGUUUGCCAUGUUUCAGACCGUAUUUUUUAGAGAAGUAUUUUAAUUUUGCCUUUUUUUUAAAGAAAAGACAAAAGAUAAGUUUAAAAAAAAAAUCAGCAUGCUUUUUAUUGAGAAUAUGUAUACUAUAAACCUUAUUAUAAUAAAGAAUGUUUGGCUGACUACUGUGGUAAAAGAAAGCAAAGGGUUUGGACAUUUCCCCUUCUUCUUUUUUAUGUUGUUCUUCUCCACUAUCUGUUUCUCUUGUGUAAAAUGACCACCAGACCCAUUUGACUGGGGACCCAGGGGGAGACAGGUGUAGAUGCUGGCCCAGCUUUGCUCUCUUUGGUCUGGGUAAGUGCGGGUUGGUGCUCCUUUCUCUCUCCAGCCUCUCAAACCCUGAAAACCAAAAUAUAUUUGAAGGGGUUUGCAUUUGACCAAAUGCAUUUCAGUAUUUAAUUCUGGCAAGACAUGCUUGUUGCGGUCCUUUCUCUAAUUGAUUUUCAUGCAGAAGCGACAUUAUACACACAGUGAAAUUACAUUGAGAGCUGGGGAGAGGCACACAGAUAGAAUGGCCUGGGUGCAUUUUGAUCUGUGGAGCAGUCCUGUUCCUGGGGUUGAUGGGUGUACGUCUGGUCUGGUCUGGUCUGGUCUCUCCCUGCUGCACCAAAUUCUCCCUCUCCGUGUGUCUCUAUGUCCACUCUACUCUCAGACCUGCAUGUGUGAUAAUCUGUAACUCUGCCGCAAAAAAAAAAAAAAAAAAGCCCCUCGACAGUCCAGCUCUGAACUAACUAUCUCAACUGAAUUAGGUCACCGUGCCACCUGGAACGGCCAGCGUGCAGCCGUGCGUGAGCGUGGCAGCGUGAGCCAUGGGGACGCCUUUUAGCGCGACGCCACCGCAGUGGGAACUUGUUCUCUCUCUCUUCACCACCAAGGUAAAUGAAAAACAGCAAAAACAACAACAACAAAAAAAAUCAUAAAAGCACUGACCUCUCCUCUCCCCACCUGCCGCCCCCUCCUUUGACUGUGUCUUGCCCAAACACUCCUCCCCCUUUCCUGUCCCCUGCCAUCACCUCGUCCCCCUCUCUCCCCCUCACCACACCCCAAUCCGUAACUCCUCCUCUGCUGCAAUGGCAGUGCCACACCUUUAUAGCCUUGGGGCUUCUCCUUCGGUGGGGGUGGUGGGCAGGGGGGGGUGGGGGUUAGGACCCCUCCACAAGACUGAGUCCUGUCUCGCAUCAGCACACAAGGUGACCGGCGGUGUCUGAGUUAGUGAAUGAAAGGUGUGAUGGACGGAUGGAUGUGUGUGUGUGUGUGUGUGUGUUAAAGAGAGCGUAAAUGUGUUAGAAGCUUCUUUUUUGGGUGGUAUUUCAUUGAUUGGUGAGGCUUGGCAUAUGCCGUGGACAAACCCCCACCCUUCCCCUGCCCGCUAGUCAGCUCCUCUCCACCGCCGUAUUCGCCGCCCUCACCCCCUUCACCCUCCAUCCCUCCUUCCCUAUCCCUCCCUUCUUUCCUCCCCCUCCCUGACCCCGCCCUACUGUCCCUAUGCGCCUCUCCUCUCCGCCGUUCACACACACACACACAACACACACACACAGCGCUUUUUUUUUUUUCCCGCCGCCACCGCCGCCGCCACCUUGGAUCUGGGUUCGUGGCUCUGGCUCGGACUCAACACUUCCCAGAACCACCCACCUGACCCAAACUCCCCAUCCUCCUUUGUUACCGUAGAGGCCUGGGCGUGCCAAUGGACAGUGUAUGUGUGGUGGCCUGCCGCCGGACUCAGUAACAUGACACAGAGAGACUUCAGGGUUGGACGAGUCGCUUUGCUAAAACUGUUGAAUGCUGGGUUUGCACCACAUGGCUGUGGAAGGGAUCUUUCCCAAAAGAACUUAGCCCCAUUAAGUGAUAAACUGACCCCAGACUAUAAGGGUUUCGCUCCCCUUUGGGUCCCUCACAGCCUGUGUGCCAAUCAGAAACGUCCUAUAAGAUAGGCCUAGGUAUGAGGCCAGUCUGACCUGUAGAUUCUCAUCAAUCUCAGGAUUCCUAUAGGACUUUUCUGGUAGGGCAGCUCUGUUUCUCUCAUGCUGGGAUCAGCUGGACUGGCUGGAUAUGUGCUCUGAUUGACUUGUAUGUGCUCUUACCUGUUAAACUGUCCCUGUGCUGAGACAGAGAGCUUAGUCCUUACACACAAUCGCACACUUCCUGGCUUUCAGUAUGUCACACGAGUUGUCUGGCAUUUGCUCUGACAGCUGCGAGAUGGAAUCGAGACAAAGAUGGCGCUGCCUUCUGUCUGCCUAACAAACAAAGGGAAGGAAAAAAGGAGGUGGAGAGGAAAGAAUAGAUGAGUUGAUUACAAGGUGAGUUGGUAGGAUCCUUCGUCCAAAGCUGCUCCCUAACCUCACCUUCCUGAUCUUGGAGGACCCUAUUAUUAACACCACUGGGAAUUUUAUUCUAAAAAGACUGUUUUCAUUUGGUUGUAGUGUCCAAAGUGUGUCCUAAUAAUAUGGCUUUGAUGCUGAGGUGUGAGUAUCAUGGAUGCACUUGAUCUUUUACUGCUGAAGUGCAAAAAUUCAUCAAAACUGAUUUUCCAGUUAUGUACAUCUAUACAUUUUUGUAUAUUUUAAAAGCCAUACAUUAUAUGCUAUCUUAGAUAAAGUGUGACUACAGGCCAGUUUUACUACAACAAUGCAGCUGCUGAAUGAAUAGAAAAGCACUGACUGACUCCCCUCUCAGCCUCCAUGAUCAGGGCGCACGAUGCUCCAAUUUUCUCCCUCCAGCCACCUCAUCCUUCCCACUAUCCCAACUCCUCACUAAAGGCUUCUUCUGGCGCUUGCGAGUCUGGGCUUCCAGUGCUUGGGUGAAUGCAGCCACGCACGCAUCUCUUAAACUCCCCCCCCCCGCUCUGAAUUCACAGUCGCGCUGUAUUGACAGGCAAAGCUUGCUGCAGCCUCCUCCCUACUUCCACUUCCUCACCCAAACUGCCCCUGCCUUCUGUGGUUUGGACAGCCGAAGAACUCAGACACUCUCUAUACGCACACGUCUCUGUAUUGUGUUGUUUUUAAUGGGAUUGUGCAGGUUAAAUCUGUUCUUCUGCGGCAGAUAUCAGCUGAGAUGUACAAUCUGGAAGCCACUCCAGUUAAGUUUGAGCACAACACCUAUAGACCAUAUUGCCUUUCAGUUUGCAAGGUGAAUUUCAGCAGGUUUAGUUAAUGAGCCCAUGAUCUCGUAGUUCUUCUCGCACAAUUUAGAUAUGAAUCACAGACAUCGCAAGAUGCCCAACUUUUAUUUAAAUCAGUAGUUUUACCUCAGACAUUACCUCAUUUAGAGUGGACAGACACAGUAUGAACACCUGCAGAAUGCAAUGCAGCUCAAUGUAAUAUUACCUGGUUUAUUUACUCGAGGAGCUCACAGUGUUGAGUAAAUGGUGAUAAAGCACAUCAAUUUUGGAUAUUUUUUUUUAAAAAGUGCAUUAUGAAGUGGUGGUGCAUUGGCUUGCUUUACAUUAUGAGGUGUUCAUGUUAUUCUGUCCACCCCCUGUCUGUAUAUGUUUCAUAGCCACCAUGAGCCAAGUGUGUCUUUUUCCACCAUCCAUUUCUUUAUCAGAAGUCACAUAGUGGUACAGUGUUUACAGAGAUCAGCCGUUCAGCUCCCUCUCCUCAGUAGUCGUACAGGAAUGAUGGUAACCGUAAAUAGUCACACAGUAGCUAAGCUUCUUCAUGUAGGUUAAUGGACCAAGCUUAGUGUAGUUACAUUUAAUGCUUGAUUAAUUAUAACAUAAAUCACUCUAGUUUCCAAAGACAUCAGGGGUGACUGAAUAAUGUGUCAUCUCCAGAGGAUAGCAAUCUGGAUCCGCUCAUUUCAAAGGAAUUUGUUCCGACACAAAGCUGAAUGAGGGGAUUUUAGUUGAUGAAUGUUAGAUCAAAUGUUUGCGUCGACAUGUUUACUGUGAAUGACAAAUCCUGAUAUAAACGCAAAUUAUAUUGUACGGUUGUGUAUGCGUAUACAUGUAUAUAUGCCUUUUCACGUGUAUUUCUAAAAAUGUUGACGCAUUUUUUUUCAAUCUGCAUGAAAAUCAUGAAUAAAUCCUUGUUUUCUCA